AUGCAUAUCGGCUUCGGCAAGGUUAUCCGAAAUCUCACUGAGCGAAAAGAGGCGGAAAUGCGGCUGAUUGCUGCCUACGAGGAGAGCGCCAAGUUGAAAAAUGAUUUUCUAGCAAACAUGAGCCACGAGAUCCGUACGCCUAUGCACGGCAUACUCUCCGCCUGCUCUCUGCUUCAGGAGAGCAGUCUGACAGAAGAGCAACUGGAGACGACAAAUAUAAUUGAAGAUUCGGGCCGCGUCCUGUUGCAGGUUAUCAACGACAUGCUCACCUACUCCAAACUCGCGGCAGGCUGUUUUUCGAUCAAUAACGGUGAGAUAGAUGUCGCUAGUGUGGUGACUUCGGUUGUGCGCAGUUGUCAGAUCAUUGUGGAACCGGGAGUGUCACUGAGACUGGUCUUGGCACCUGACCUGCCAAAGGGGGCAGAAGGAGAUCCUCUCAGGUUUCGCCAGAUCGUUGAGAACAUUUUCGGCAAUGCUAGAAAGUUCACAGAAAAAUGGUCCAUUUUGGUGAGCUUGUCGCUUCUCGCGCAGGAUGCGGCCACACACACGAUCCUAACUGAGGUCGUCGACACUGGACAUGGGGUGUCCGAGGAUGACGUCCAGAAACUCUUUAAGCCAUUCACGCAGCUUGAUACCACGUAUCAGAAGCGUCACCAAGGGACAGGCCUCGGACUGUCCAUAGCGAAGUCGUUAACUGGGCUGAUGGGUGGGACUAUUGGGUAUAAACCUAAUCCGGAACAGCAGGGUAGCAUCUUCUGGUUCUCAGUUAAACUCAAGAGGCUCAACAACCAUCAACAGAUCUGCACUGCCAACGUGCAGGCGGAUAUUGACAGCGAGUUGCCGAGGCAGCACUUCUUCCGAGGCAACAAGAUCGCAGCGCAGCUGACGCAGUUGAUGGAGAUAGCCCCGGCAGCGCGGAUCCUAGCCGCUGAGGAUAACCUCAUCAGCCAGCAGGUUUUGGUCAGAAUGUUGCAUGCCUUUAAAUUCCAGCACAUCACAGUCGUCUCGGACGGCGCCCAGGCGGUCUCGACACUAUCCGCCGCGCCCAACGCCUUUGACCUGAUACUUAUGGACAUCAGCAUGCCUGUCAUGAACGGUUACGAGGCGACGGUUCAAAUAAGGAACAGCGGCGUGCGGCUACCAAUCAUUGCGAUGACCGCCUACGCGCUCAGGGGCGACAUGGAGAGCUGUUUGGAGAAAGGAGCGGAUGACUACAUCACCAAGCCGGUGAAUAGGCAACUCCUAAUGGAAAAGCUACUGAAGUGGCUUAUAAGACCGGGCGAUGCGUGGCCGGCCACCAGCAGCUCCCAUGAGAGUACGCAGACGACUGGUGAUUGCCUUGUGGAGCGGGACUAG